GUGUGUGAUUCAGUAUGUUCACAUAUCCUGGUUCAGCAGGUUUCACCUGACUUCAUGAAGCAUCGUUCUGUAGGGCGGUGCUAAACUUCUGGCCACAGCUUCAGUGUGUUAAACUGUGACGUAGCAGCAGCCAUAUGGCUGGCCCUGGAGUUUAGUUUCGUAGCCUUCUUUGCAGCCAUGGCUGCUUUUGGGAGCGGCUGAGGGUGUGACACAGCGGGCGGUGUCUGGCGCGCGGAGCCGGUGGCUUGCUGCAGAGCUGGGAGUGCCACGGUUUCACUGCAGGGGGGACGCGUUGAUCCAUGAGCCUGCCUGCCUCUCUCCUUCCAGGUUCAUCUGCCUCUCAUAACUUGAACUCCAACUCGGGGGACUUAUACCUCACCAUGCACGGCCUCAAUGGGGAUACCUAUCCCAGUUCUCAGGUGACAGCUAACCUGCAGACACAGGCGGAUACCCUGCACCGUGCUACACGCCAGAUGGGAGGAUAUGAGGAGAUAGCGGGGAACCCCAUGCACCCCCCGCGACGCAUAGAUUCUAACGGCAGCUGGCAGGACGUCACCACCCCUUCCUCUGUGACAUCGCCCCCUGGUGGCCCGGGGAGCGUCCACUCCGACACGUCUAACUGAGAGAUCGAAGAUAAAACUUACAAAAAAAAAAAGCUGAAACAAACAAGAAAACAAACACACUCGCCUUCACCAUGGACUGUUGGGACACAUCUCUACACAUCCACACUCACCACACGGGGAAAAGAGACGGACAGAGAGCGGGAAGAAAGAAAGCUGACAGAGUAAAACAACAAACAAACACAGUACGUCUGGCGCUGUGGACUGGCGUGUGGUGGAAGAAACGAAAAGCAGCGGCUCCGGGGCAGAGCGCGAAAUAACCGCGGAGCACAAACAUCACGCAGCUCUUAUUCCCCCCCCCCCUUUUUUUUUAACAGCAUCGUUCCUUUUAAUUUCAGUAACAUUGUUCACAGUUUUUGGCGGUAGGGUAUAAUGUCACGGAGAGGACUGCUGUGAAUUUCCAAACUUUUUUUUAACAAUGCAAACAGCAGCAUUAUUA